AUGAGAGCACUGUUUGGUCUUUUAUAUUUAUGCGGAUUGCAUAAAUCUUCUCAUGCUAAUGCAAAAGACUUGUGGGACGCUGAUGGCACCGGAAUUGAAUUAUUCCGAAAGACAAUGUCUUACAAACGAUUCACUUUUCUUCUAAGGUGCUUGAGAUUAGACAAUGUAAACGAUCGCGAAGCUCGAAGACAGUUGGAUAAGCUGGCAGCUGUGAGAGAUUUCUUCAGCGAUUUCAAUAAAAAAUGUCAAGAAAUAUAUUCAGUUAGUGAAUAUGUUACAAUAGAUGAAAAGUUGGAGAAAUUUCGUGGCCGAUGUGCUUUUCGCCAGUAUAUGCCGAAAAAGCCGGCAAAAUAUGGAAUUAAAUUAUUUGCCGUAGUCGAUGCCAGGACAUAUUAUACAUAUAAUAUGGAAAUUUAUGCGGGGAAACAAUCGGAUGGUCCUUUCAAAGUUGAUUAUUCGCCAUCUGAGAUCGUAAAACGACUUUGUGCUCCAUUAUUUGGAUCUGGGAGGAAUAUAACCAUGGAUAAUUGGUAUACAAGUUACCCGCUAGCAAAAGAGCUCCUAUCAAAGAAACUCACUGUAGUGGGAACUUUGAAGAAAAAUAAAGCUGUAAUUCCUGCUGAAUUUUUAGAAACAAAGAAAAGAGAAGUAUAUUCUUCCAUGUUUGGAUUCCAAAAAGACAUGACAUUAGUAUCAUAUGUUCCAAAGAAAUCGAAAUGUGUAGUUCUUCUGUCUACAAUGCAUCAUGAUGACACGAUAGAUGAAAACUCUGAACAAAGUAAGCCAGAAAUAAUCCAUUUCUACAAUGGAACGAAAGGAGGAGUAGAUACUGUUGAUGAAAUGUCUACGCUUUAUUCAACAGCUAGGAAAACAAACAGGUGGCCUAUGGUGAUUUUUUACUGUGUUUUGAACGUGGCUGGUAUAAACGCGCGAGUGUCACUUAUGUCUACUAAAAAUCCUCCCUUGCAGUAUAAAAGUAGACGAAUGUUUUUGAAAACAUUGGCAUUAUCUCUCGUAAACCCACAAAUAAAGAGGAGAUCAAAUAUGCAAAUGUUACCCAGAGAAUUACGAGAGAAAAUGAAUCAGAAUUUCUCAACAGAAAGGAAUGCCGUUUCUGAAGAGAACUUGCCAAAGAGAAUGAAGCUUGGUAAAGGACGAUGUACAAUAUGUCCUCGAGCUAAGGACAAAAAAACAACAAUUUCUUGUAUGAAAUGCCAAAAUUUUACUUGCAAGGAUCACUCUAAUUAUGUUUGUGACAAAUGUGUUUAA